UUCCGUUGUCUGCUAAUGUUGACUAUUAGAACUUGGAUAUUGGAUUUGUUUCUUCCUACAGUGAGCAUUUCCUAAAAAGAUUUCAUUACUUUGUAGUUUUCUUGGAAUUACCGUAGCAUUUUUAAUUAUUAAAGCUGUUAUCCACCAAUCUUUUUGAGAUUUCACUCUUGAGGGUCUCAACAUGUCAGCUCUGUUUGUCCGGUUACCUCAAACAGCCUUUAGAAUAAAUCUUCACCGAGUUAUUAUUCCUUGCCAACAAAGAUGCACUAGUCAAUUGCUGUCAUUGCCUUUACGACCUGGCUCCACAUACUACCAAAGAGGGCCGUUCACGAGGCCGAUCUUCAGGCGAAGCGUGUCGUCCUCAACUGGCGAAUCAAACGAUGUUAAAGCCACGUCGGCCAUGGCGGCCACCGCCGCAUUUAAAGGUGCUAAAAAUUCGCGGUGGCGUCGGUUCGUGUUGAAGCCUUUCGUCUUCGUCCAGUUCUUCUUGGGCAUUGGAUUGCUGGCCAUCGCCUUGAAACAGUUCCGGCGCAAAAACACUCAUCCAGCGCAAUCUCCAGAACUUAUCGCCAAAGAUUGGGAGAUCCUGUACUAUCGCAUCAUCCCCUUCCGUGCCAUAUCUCGCGCAUGGGGUUGGUUAACCAACUGCCAUUUACCGGUUUGGGCGCGACAGCCGCUUUUGGGUCUGUACGCCCGUACGUUCAACUGCAACCUGGAAGAAGCGAUGGAUGGCAAUCUGGAUAAUUACUCAUGUCUUGCUGAAUUCUUUAGAAGGAAACUCAAGAACGGAGUGAGACCCAUUGAUCCGGCCAGUACGGUGGUAGCGCCUUCGGAUGGAACCGUGUUGAAUUUUGGACGUGUCACAGCUGGGAUGAUGGAGCAGGUGAAAGGCGUGAGCUACCCGUUGGGCGAGUUCCUCGGUCCAGCUUACUGGCGGAAUGGACCUGAAGUUCGACCCCCCGGUCAGACUGAGAUGGAAUACGAAAAGUCACUACUCGUUAACAAAGAAAACGACUUGUUCCACUGCGUCAUCUACCUCGCUCCAGGCGAUUAUCAUUGCUUCCAUUCACCGGUGGACUGGACAGUCAACUUUCGACGACAUUUUCCAGGUGCAUUACUUAGCGUGAAUCCGAGCAUCGCCAAAUGGGUGGCGGGCCUGUUCAGCCUGAACGAACGAGCCGUUUACGUUGGCCAAUGGAAGCACGGUUUCUUCUCGAUGACACCCGUCGGCGCCACAAAUGUCGGCUCAAUCCGAGUUUAUGGCGACCAGGACCUGAGGACCAACUGCACCAAAUGGGCCCUACCUCUGCCUUACUACGACCGUUACAUGGGACCGGCCGAGUCCGAUUCCAAGGAGAUUCCACUGCAUAAAGGCGAGAUAUUUGGUGAAUUCAAUCUCGGCUCCACCAUCGUCCUCAUCUUUGAAGCUCCAAAGGAUUUCGAAUUCAGCAUACGGCCCGGGGAAAAGAUCCGAAUGGGCCAGUCGCUCCACGUCACCGGUUCCAGCGUGAAACAAGAAGCUGUUGCGCACUAGGAAAAAAUCCCUCUAAUCAAAAUCUGAAGAAGAUAAAAAAGCCUGUACCUAUUUUGACCGUUACAUGUUGAUUGUUUAGUGAAGGAAACGUUAAAUUGGCUUCAGUGAUUCACUUUGUCUUGACGUGUUUACCCUUUGUCGUGCGAUGAACGUCAUCAACGCCGAAGGAGUCAAAUCCACCACUAUGUGGCUUGUCUGUAAAACUUUUGUCUUCCACAGCGCAAAAGAAAAAAAAAAAAUCUGAAACUAAGAAAAACUAGCUCUUUCGCAUUUGGUCGCGUAUGUUCCUCAUUGUGUGCUUUGAUAUCAUGAGAAACGAGGCCAAAUAUAAAGACCUGCUAUUCUAGAAA